GAGUCUCCCAUCACUAUAAUCCGCCCUUCCAGCGCUAUAAAGCUGAGUGAAUUCUCUUCCUGUCGGUUGGAGUCAGGAGACCGUCGGCGCUUCGCUAAAAACUUAACAUGGGAACCCGAGAUGAUGAGUAUGAUUAUUUAUUUAAAGUGGUGCUCAUCGGAGACUCUGGUGUGGGCAAGAGUAACCUGCUGUCCCGUUUCACGCGCAAUGAGUUCAACCUGGAGAGCAAGAGCACCAUCGGUGUAGAGUUCGCUACUCGAAGCAUCCAAGUGGAUGGCAAAACUAUAAAAGCUCAGAUUUGGGACACAGCAGGACAAGAGCGCUACAGAGCAAUCACGUCAGCGUAUUACCGGGGUGCGGUGGGAGCUCUUCUGGUGUAUGACAUUGCCAAACACCUGACCUAUGAGAAUGUAGAGCGCUGGCUAAAGGAGCUACGUGAUCAUGCGGACAACAACAUCGUCAUCAUGUUAGUGGGCAACAAAAGUGACCUGAGGCACCUCCGAGCCGUGCCCACUGACGAGGCCCGGGCCUUCGCAGAAAAGAACAACCUGUCUUUCAUUGAGACUUCUGCUUUGGACUCAACAAAUGUUGAAGAGGCUUUUAAAAAUAUACUCACAGAGAUCUACCGUAUUGUAUCACAAAAGCAGAUUGCAGACAGGUCUGCACAUGACGAGUCUCCUGGCAACAAUGUGGUGGACAUCAGCGUUCCCCCUACCACUGAUGGGCUGAAAGGCAGCAAAUGUCAGUUCUGCCAGAACCUGUGACCCUGCUCUGUCCUCGCUCCAUGCUGCUUCCUCUUCAGUUCUUCUCACACUCAUUGCUUCUUUGCUGUGUAUUGUGCAACCAUUGCUGCUCUAGCUCUUUCUACUCAUGUUGAGUCUAGAAUUCUCCCCAGUCCUGUGAAGUUCUAGAUAACAUUCCUUUUUUUUUCCCCCUCCCUCUUUGUUUGUCUGAGAAUUGUUUUCCCUCUUUCUUUCUGUCAUCACAUUUGACUUCAGGCUACUUGAAGACUUAGUUUUUGGAAGUGGUGGGCACUGGUUGGCCACUGAUCGUGUGACCCACUCCUAAGGAAAAGGAUGGUGAGGGAUCAGUGUGUCCUGAGCUUCCAGCCACUUUGAGGAGUUUCCGCUUGGAGAUUCCCGACACUAAGCAAGGCUGCAGUUCAGCCAGACCCUGAAAGGGAUCUCUGCUAGUUUAACUUUUGGCUGAGAAUCGGCAUGGGGCAAGAAACAUUGUCUGUAUUGUGUAGAUACCAAAGGGAGACUGCAGUUAUUUCAGUUGUGGGGGAAAAAAUAAAUAAGACAAACAUUUCAGACUUGCACGGUCAAUAAAUUCUGUACUACUUAGAGCAGCACUGGCUGACACUCCCAAGUGAGUUCAUGUGAUGAUUCUGUAUUGCGUUCAGGGCACCAGUUACAGCAGUCAUGUGAAUGCAGAUGUUUCCUGUUAAUCAUUAUAUACACACACGCACACAGACACACACAUACACAGAUUAAAAUAAAAUUGACAGUUAUCCCAGCCCAGGCUUUGCACUGUUAAGUUAUAGGUUAAUGUUAACCAGGAGGCUGUACUUGGGGUUUUUUUCUGUUCAAGCUGGUUGGCUGUCUGUCAUCUUGUAUCUGAACGUGCAUCACCAUGUUAUUGAAUUAUUUUUGAAUAAUUUAAAUUUAAGUAACUUGUGUGGUUAGUUUGAAAAUGCCUUAUGUUUUCCCAUGCUGUGAUAAAAAAAAUGCCUUUAUUAAAGCGUGGUUCUAUGACAUUCACAUAUCCAUGAAGUCUCAUCAGCUGUUUUGCCUUUUAUCAAGUUAUAUUGGGAUGAAAAAUAAACCAAAUUACCAUCACA